UAACUACAGUACAACGACGUGGUUAACCUUCUCCGUCUCGUGGGCACCUUUCGGAGUCGCCCGUGGUCGCACAACCUAGAGCGCCUGCUUUCAGCGGAACUUGCUGCAGUAACCCGUCGUCAUACAUGCACAGUCCUCUGUAGAACCGGCGCAUUCCAAGCUUUUGGCCAGACUGUCGCGGGAGCCCUUUCCGCCUUUUUCUGCCCACGGCGCAACGCCACCACCGACUCGGCUCAAUUGCAAGACCACGGUGUCUGUGGUUAAAAUUGAGAAAGAGCUCUUUUGCUCUCGUGGGCGUGGUCGUGGACAGAUCGGAUCUAAAAGCGAAGAUCGUUCGGCAAUUACACAUGCGCUUCACCUAGGAGUGCUUGGUGGGGGGGCAAUGAAGGUAACUGACCGAGUCACUCCUGCUGUCGACCUCCAGAACCAUGUCACCAACGACCCACGACGAAACACGGCCAGCCAACCCACAAACACCACGGCGCACCGCGACGGCCAAACAUGCCAAUGCGACGACACCGACAAAUAAACGGGCGUCGGCCCCGGCCGCUGCAACCCCUAAGAGCGCGCCAGCGGCUCCCGGCAAUGGCUCGUCCCACAAGAAGAAGCCCGAGCCGAGCCUACUAAACGACUUCCUCCUCGGCCGUCAGUCGCCAGCGCGGGUGGCUGCCCAGCGCGAGGCCAUCAAGCAGCGGCGCAAAAGCAUGGCGGCAGAUGCCGCUAACGUCCGGGAGGAGCUGCGUCGGGAAAUGCGUGCGGCGGCCGUGCGCAGGAUUCAGCAGCCCGGGGGCGUGAGGGAGCGGGUCAAAGCAUGGCAGAAGGCGAGCGCGGCAGCCAUGAUGCAGGAAGGUGGCGGCGUCCCGCACGCCGAGGACGUGGCCAGCGAACCAACCGAGGUCGCCGCCCACCUCCCCCCCGAGAGCGUGACAGAGGAGGACCGGCUGCGUAUCAGGAUGCGGCAGAAGCCAAAGAAGAAGAAGGCCAAACCAGAUCAAUCCGAGGACAAGGAGAACCGGGAUGGCGGAGACGGCGACGAGACGGAGAAAGAGAAACCACCCGCGGGUGGGGGUACUUCCAGCAAACCGCCCGCAGUCAGAUCGGCGCCGAAGAAGAGGAUCGUGAGUGACGACAACUGGAUGAAGGGAAAGAAAGGGCGGAGCCCGCCUCGAAACGGACCGACGGGAACGAAACCCCAGGCGGUUCCUGCGCCCGGCUUACCCAAGGACUUCUUGCAGCGAACAGCACAGAACCCGAGUGUGCAGAGCAAGAUCAGAGAUUGGGUGCAAAGGGUUGAGGUCCCUGAACCCCCGCCAGCCAAGGUGAAACAUUAUCGCCAUAGAAAAUCUGGUGCGACAGUAACAGUCGAAGAAGAUGCCCCAAGCGUAGUCGCUUCAGAUCCGGGAACUAGGGCAUCCCCGAAACCGCCACCCGCCGACGACGGUAUUCGGGUAAAGCCGAUAAAACCGAGGAAGCCAAAGCCCGAUACGGACGACGGCAUCCGGGUGACUCCGGUACGCAAGACGGAAAAGGAGCCGCUCGAUGAUGGCAUCCGGGUGCAACCCGUUGAGACCAAGAUACCAGACGACGGCAUCCGAGUCCGGCCUAUCGACAGUCCCCUUCCAGAUGAUGGUACCAAGGACCGGUCAAACGUGCAGGCGCCCGUCGACGAGCCACCUGUCCGUUCUUCGUCACCCAGGCCGCCCUCGGAGAGAAGCGUUAGGAGCGCCAGUCCAAGCCGAGCUCGAUCUCCAGAUUCCCACGACGUGAUUGAGGUUGAAAAGGGAGCUCAGACGGCGCCUGAAACUCCUACCAAAAGGAAGGUUUCGAAGCGGCACUCCAAGCGCAAAAGUCACGGUCACAGUCCCAACCCCGUCGUCCGAACCGUCGAACCUCCGGAAAGUCGAUCUCUGGAGUCUGAUACUACCGAGCACCAAAUACCUCCGCACGUAGGUUCUGAUGACGAGUCUGAGAUCGCUCCACCAACUGUCCUGGGAAACAAGUCACUUGCGGAGAUUCCGUUUGGAUAUUCUGCAUUCAGUGUGCUAGACCUACCACUGGGAGCCGAUGCGCGGAACAGCAGCACCAAGAGGCCGAAGGCACAACGGAACCCGAGCUUUAAGGCGGUGCCCAAGGUGUUCAAGAAGGUCGUAACAGGCGCCAAGGACAUCAUUCAAGAGAUGGCUGAGCCUCCGAAGCCUGUCGUGACCAACAAGCCGCAGAGCAUCGAGUCGUGGUUGAACGACACCGUUGACCCGUUUGUCGAAGCAGCCGCCACUUCACCAACUUCUCAGGAACCGGCAAGCAAAGCGCCGGCGGAGGCACGGGAACCAUUAUCUCGAUCAUCGAAGCCAGCGCCAUCGCCAGCGCCAGCGCCAGCUACAGACCCAAAGCCGGAUAGUCCAGAAUCUCCGCCAUCAAAACGGCCUUCUGAGAACCGUCCAAGAGAGACAAGAGAGACAAGGGAGACGAGGGAGACGCGGGAAACGAGGGAAACGAGGGAAACGAGGGGGACGAGGGAGACAGCCGACACCGCCGCAGCUGGAAGCUCUAGUUCGCAGUCAAGCUCCGAUGCGCAGCAAGAAGAGAGCGAUUCAACGCCGAAAAAAGCCAAGACACCCCCUACUCCCUCGACCGGGCUGAAACGGAGGCGAGCAACUAGGAAAGCGGCGUCUCCAGCAGAGACAGGUGCCAAGAAGCCAUUCCGAGAGCUGCUUAGGGAAGCUUUCCGGGGCGAGUCUGGCGGCCAUAAACUGCCGCCCACGAUAUACCCAAGCUACGAAGCUGACAACGACCCCGAGAGCGACUAUUACGAUGCUAGAAAGGAUGAGUCGACCAACUUCCGCAAGAGCCCCCCAUCCGAAUACUCCUCAACGUACUACUCAUCGUCAUCAGCAUAUGAUUCGACCAUUUCGUCAGACCUCUCCAGCCAGGGACCCCAGCGGAGGAGACCGCCGACAAAUGGCGCCCACGAGCUGUCGACAAUCGUGUCAGCAGAAUCCAGCACCGUCAGCUCGGAGGCGCACUCCGAUGUCUCCAAAACGACCAUCACACAGACUACGGCCUUUACGAAAUCGACGGAUAUCUCGAGACAGAAGAGCCAGAAGCCGGGACUUAAAAGACGUCUUACGAAGCAUUCGGAUCUCGUGUCCGUGCUUUCGCUGCCAGAUAACGGUCAAUCGGUGCCCCCCAGUCGGUCGAAGAGCGUUAAUUCGUCGCGCAGCCUCCACCGGAGGCCGAGCAGAGCGAACAAGAGCAGGGCCGAUGAGCUGCUGGAUGAAUUUGCUGACGACGAGCACCUUUAUGGAAGGGAACUGAAGGCUCUAGUUGACGGUGUCAUUCCCGUGCUGUUGAGGGAUAUCAUGAACGGCGAUGCCCGCGACACCAUGCCGGAUGCUACGGCCAAGUCGGUGGUCAGCAUGGGCAUGGCGCUGGAGAAGUUGAGGGACUUCCACCGACGAGUUCCCCUCGCCGAGAUAUCCGAGCUGCUCGCAUUUAUGGAGCAGGUGUCGCCGGCUUAUGACCAUUAUUUGGACGUUUGGAGGCUCGGUUUCCAGGGUUUGAUCAUCAAUCUCGCGCCCAAACACGGCAAGUUCGAUGAUGACGACUCGCUCCUGAACGCGCUUCCUCGGAAUGAGGACGGCGACGUCAUUGGAGAGGACGGAGAGCGCGUGGAUGUCGCAUUUUUACUCAAGCGACCCCUGAUCCGGGUGAAGAGGAUGGUCAAGUUCCUCAGGGCUGCCGUGGCAGUGACCGAGAGCCCUGAAACCGAACGGUUGCUGGCAGUCUUCACGGGCCUUCAGGAGAAGGCUCGCAAGCGACACCGAGAGGAAACCGCUCGGAUGAUGGAUGAAGAUGCAAACAACACCGACACGUCUCGCUGUCGAGACCUUCGGAACCUACUUCCGCUCGAAGGGGUAAUGAUCAAUCCGGCGCGGCAAGUUGCCGCAUUGGACGUGUUCUCACUUGAUUUGAAUCAUUCGAGCGGCCAGCGGUUGGGAUGCCAAGUCGAACUGAUUUUUAGGGAUAGACCGUCCGUUCCCAGCGACAAGGGAGACAUCUUGAUCAGGGAGCUUGGAGACGGCACCCGAUCGUGGUUACUAUUUCCUCCGGUACCCCGGCAAUACAUUUCUGGCCGACGGGGUGAUGACGACGAGUCUCUAAUUGCCAUGAUCCGGGGGACUCAUAACGGAAUCGAAUGGUUCGAGCUUCUCAAGCUCUCAACAAACAGCGAGGAGCAGAUCGACUACUGGCUGCGUGUUCUGGGGAGCCACCCUCUGCCACCUGCGACGCGAACCAGGCCUUCCAGCAUGGUGCUAGGAUCAGCAUCUCCCAAGUCGGCUGCGGGUGAUGUCCCAGUCGGCGAGCGAAGACGAAGCACGUCUACCCGGGGCUCGUCCGAAACAGAGAGACCGAAGACGCCGUCCGAGCAUCACACACGCCCGUCUGACGAUUCUCGGUCACCACCGCCCAGGGCCCUCCCCAGGCAAGACAAGGUUUCGGACCGUUCUGAAGAGGGUAAGAGACGGUCAUUCUCGUGGGAACAGCAACCCGAUGAGGUGCCCAAGAUUGUGAGACCGCCGCCCAACAGUACACCCUUCCGAGAGGACGGGGCGCCCCCACCACCCGUUCACCGCACUCUCGGCCCCAAGAGCCCUGGCAUGCUUGCUCCCCCAGUGGACUCGGGCCCUCACGGUCGACUCAAGCGCCGCAUGUCAUCCCCGCUGAAACACGAGUAUCACCCAUCCGAUAUCUCGUCCGACAGCUCAAGCGCCGUGAGCGACGACGAAUCCGAGUCAUCACAAUCGUCCAGCGACGAGCUGGACGAAGACGAUGUGCCCGACACCAUACCGGGAUACAGCACCAAGGAACCUGCGGCAGCCCCUGAGGAGUCUGAUGCUUCGGAUAAUAGUAUCACGCCAUCCCAUUCGGCGUCUCAGGCACAGCCUGGAGACGAUGCGGGAGCGGAGAAGCCGGUGCAGAAGUUUGUCGCCACAGUAUCGUACUGGUCCAGCAGAAAAGGGAUCUGGAAAGACAUCAACAACGGUCAGCCAGCAUCCAUCAUUGUUCAUCCCGGUUGCAUGGAGGUGCAUCACAUCGCCCAAGAGCACUCAGACCGUCAAGCAUACUCCUUGCAGUCUUCGGGCACGUCCGAGGUCGAUAACAGGGACAAGGACGCCGGAACCAUUGUUCCACUUAUUGCUCUGGUUCUGACACCGGUGGUGAUGAUCCGCCGCAGCACUGCGCUCGAUCUCGAGGUCCGCAGCCCGGCGUCGCCAGGGUCGCGGCUGAAGAUCCAGGCCAGCAUGUUCCGUUUCCGUAUGUCAAGCCAAAACCAGGCCAAAGAUUUGUACGAGGCUGUUCACUACAGUCGGAUGAACAAUGCUCGAUACAUCCAGCUCAGCGAAGAAGCACGCGUACGAUCGUUCGGGCAGAUGCAGUCGUCAUUCGGCGACGGGAGCGCGGAUGGCGACAGCUCCAGCCGUCGACGCGGCUGGCUUGGACGUAAGAACAGCUACCGCGCGUCCACCCGAGCCCCCAGCGUCUCCCAAGGCAGCGUAUCGACUACGAUUUCAGCAGCCAGCUUCCUCCGGCGCCUCAUGGGUGGAGGUAACAACGAUUCGUAUGACAUCGACGAGUCCACCCUCGAUAGGCAACGCCCCAGCUCGGCACCAAUCCCGGGCAGCGGCGGCGGCGGUGGCAGCCUCUACACCUCCAGCUCCGCGUCCGGCUCCGGGUCGGGCUCCAUCACGCCACCGCGCAGCGGUUCCGUCUCCCUCUCCAACUCGGGCAGCCACAGCCGCUGGAGCACUGGGUUCGCCAAGCCCUUCUCGCCGGACCAGCCGCUCGAGAUCCGCUGCCACCUCAACGUGCAGAACAACCGGUGGCUGGACAAGGGCGACUGCAUCCUGCACAUCAGCCGCCCGCCGCCGGGGGUGCGCCAGGAGCUGCCCCUGUACCACGGGCUCGAGAAGCGCAUCAUCGUCACGCACGCGACCAGGAAGAAGGCGGACCGCCCGCUGAUCCUGCUGGACGCCGUGCUGGGGUCCAAGUGCUUCACCAUGCUGGGGAACAAGGGGAUCAUGUGCAGCGUGUGGGAGAACCUGAGGGACGAGGAGGGCAACGUGGGCGUGGCGCCGAGGAGCGGCGCGAUCGCAGGCAGGGUGACCAAGUGGUGCUUCCAGUGCAAGAGCGGGCAGCAGGCCGCGUGGAUCAUGCAGCUCUUGACCACCGAGGUGCCGGGGCUGAUGAUGGGCUAGCUAGAUCUUCGGGGCACUCUUGCAAGACCUUGCUUAGGUGUUUUUCUUUCUUUCCUCUCUCUC